AUGCCCGACCCCAUCGAGCACUUCCAUUCCACCCGCCCGCUCGAGACCGUCGACCAGCAGGGGCUCCGCGAGGCCAUGGACUCGUACUAUCACGCCCUUGAAACCGACCAGGGCUUGGACGAGGCCUACAACCACUACCUGUGCGUGUCGGGUGGUAACCAGGAGGCCCUCGACGAAUACGUGUACAGCAAGUGGCUCAGGCAGACCAGCCGGCAGGAGGACGACAAGGCCGCCUCGCCUACGGACGGGCGCAAGGACGCCGCCCCGGACAGGUCGGAGAAGGCCCCUCAGAAGGACGUGAAGAUGAGCGACGGUGGAGAUGAUGGCGGCGGUGGCGGCGGUCGCGGUGGCGGCAAUGGUGGUGGCUCAGCCCAGGCCCCCGGCGACAACAUCCCCCCCUCGCCGCCAAGCCCCCUGCCCGAGGGCGCCGCAAGUGAGACGCAGCGCGACACCAACGGGCACAACCAGCAGAACACCUCCGCGGCCUCGGCUCGCUCCACAAACGAGGGCACGGCGGGUGUGACGGCGCCGUCUUCCUCGAGGGCAGAACGAGUGCUCGUCUUGGGUGCGGAGCUGGCGUGGGAGGUCGCUAGGAUGAAGCCGAGGCCUGAGGCCGUGUUCCAGGUGGCCGACCGCUUGGGCCACGCGGGUAUGCUCAAGCAUCCACGCGAGCUCGGUGAGCGGCUGGCCCGUGACUAUGAGACGAUCGCGGUCGCCGAGGCGCUCCUCGCGAAGCUCAGGAAGUAG